UUCGAUGGGUGCGCAGACCGCGGUCGUGCGCAGUUCAAACCUCGUUCUGCGUGUCGCCCGCGGUCACCUGACUCGCACCACCCUGUGGAGCAAGCAAGCAGACAAGCAAGGCAAAGGCUACGCUAACGUGAUCCACACGUCGCGUUGCAGGCACUGUAUCUAUUUGCCAAGCAAGCAAGCACGAACCUGGGAUCAAGCCGUGAGAUCGACUUUAAGCGUCCAUCGGCCUUUGUACGUGUGAUUGAUUGCAGCAAGAACCCUCGAACACGAACAGCCACCUCACGUUCCUGAAACCCUUCCUUGAGGUUGUUGUUGUUCUUGUUGUUGGAUUGAUGUGAAGGCACUCGUCUAGCAGCCUCAGCAGACCUUGUUUCCACGACCUACAGCUCUCAAUCUACUCCACGUCGAUCUCCUCCUCCUCCUCCUCCAAAUCCUGCCCCCUGAACUCUUCCAUCCUCAACAACCAGAACCAGCACCCAUCCACAUGGAUUUGGCUCCAACCCUUGCUGCCAGCCUCGUCGGCAGCAGCAACAGCAGCUCCUGCGAAUACCAAUGGGCCGACAAGUAUCUCGGCGAGUGCGUCCACAACGAACGCCAGCUUGCGGGCCUCAUCCUCGGUCUCAGCUCCAUCCUCUGUUGGAUGGUCGCACAAACUCCGCAAUUGUACAAGAACUUUCGUAACUCCACCGCUGAAGGCCUGUCCGGUGCUUUUCUUGCAGACUGGCUUGCCGGCGACAUUACAAACCUUGUCGGCUGCAUUCUAACCAAACAAGUCCCAACACAGCUGUACACUGCGAUAUGGUUUUGCAUCAUCGACACAUGCAUGCUUGUGCAAUGGCUGUACUACAACAAGUUCCGUCGCAAGCCGGGCAAGGUAUAUGUGGUGUACUCGGUCGUGUGCGUGCUGGCGCUGAGCCCACUGCUGAUGAAGGCGCAGCAACUUGGCGGGGGCGACAGUUUCGAGGCGUCUGCAUCGUCGUCAGCGACGCACCACGGACGCAACCUCCUCACCAUCAACUCCUUCUCGUCGGCCACCUCCAUUGCGGGCUGGUCCAUCGGAUGGGUCUCCGGGCUCAUGUACUUCACCUCACGCAUCCCACAGAUUGUCAAGAACUUUCGGCGGCGGUCGUGCGAGGGCCUGUCGCUGGCCAUGUUCUGUAUGGCCAUUCUCGGCAACAUCACAUAUGCGCUCGGCGUGCUGCUGCAGAGCGUGGAGAGGGACUUCCUCAUUGACCACAUGCCCUGGCUGCUUGGCUCCGUCGGCACCCUCAUCUUCGACUUUACCAUCUUCUGCCAGUUCCUCUGCUUUGGUGGCAACACCAGCGCCAGCGCAAAUGGCAAGACCAAACUGACUGAAUCCGACCCGCUGCUGCAAACCAUGCCAUGAGCCCAUCCCAUCACGUGAUUGUCAUGACAUAGGCUUGAUUCCUCCUCUUGUUCUUCCUCUUGCUCUUCCUCUUGUUCCUCCUCUCGUUCCUUGCUCUUCGUGAGAGCGUUUAACGUGAAUGUGUGUGAUGUGUACGUGUGCCACUGUGCAUUAGGAUCUCUGUCUUCUUCAUUCAGUGUGCGAGGUGGUGUUGUGGAUAAAGUAAAGCAAACUCAAGCCAA